AUGUUAUUGAACAAAGCUCUUCAGUUGGCCAUGUUGGCGGCCGCAGUGCUACUAAAAAGCAGAACAGAAGCAGCCACCUCGCCCGUGGUCAAGUUCUGCGGUAGACAACUCAGCGAGAUCAUGAGCAGAGUCUGCCACGCUUACAACAGUCCUUGGGACACGCCUACAGUAGUGGAACAACCUGGCUCUGUGGUCAGAAGAAGACGGCAAGUGGAGAAUGGCAUAGCUGACGAAUGUUGUAACAAUGGUUGUACGUGGGGACAGCUCAGUGAAUACUGCUCCAUUAGUACCAAUUCGGAGUCGCCACUGGAAGACACGGAAGCUCACAUCAUAGCAGAUAGAUCAGCGGAGCAGGGGGUGUCAGUGACGAGAGUUGUGUCGACCGUGACUGCAGCACCAGCGUCGGUAGGCAGCGCUGGGUUAGCGGGGCGCGCGGCGGGGGCGCGGGGCGGGGCGCGGGGCCGCACGCGGAGCCGCGGGUACGGGCGCGCACGAGCUCGGGGCCGCCGUUGUUGGUGCCGGCGCAAGCGGCGCUCGGGCCGACGGCGAUCCUCUCUCAUGGGUAACAUGGUGUGUCUGUCCUUCGCUGCUCACUUAUUCUCUUAG